UAGCACGUGUCGGAGAGAUAGGAAAAUUCGAAGCGGUAAAAGGGGAUGCGUACGGAGCGCCGUAGCGGCCGGUAUACGUACUAAAACUGUUACCAUGGCAGCGGUGGCGGGAGCCGUGUCAGGAAGCGUGAAAAUAGUGAGCUGGAGGGAGCGAGAGCAGUGGGUGUGGAGAAGGACUGGGUGUGUCCAGCACGCAAUGCCCGGAUGUUGGGUGGGGUAGCUAAUCAAUAUGGCCGACAUCGCGAGUGUUUCAUGUGGUGCCAAGGUCGAGUCGGGUAGCGGAGAACGUAUAGCAGGCGAGAGUAGUCAGACAGAAGACGCCAAAGACGGCAGAAGCGUUGAUAUUAAAAGAGAAGUUAGCGACUACUCGGAACUGGGAGUGGGCGUACGUUCGUUUUGGGCAAGCAUUAACACCUCCAGUGGACUAACCAAUUUUGGAAGCGCUGAAGAGGUGAUGCGGGAUUCUGCCAAAAACGAUCAGCUGAAGCGCGAAGGCACGGUGCACAGCCGUUUGUCACCAACCCUGGCUACCCUGGUACCAGUUCCACGCUACUCGCCUCUGCCCAUGCAACAUACCAUGAGUUCGGAGGAGGCUGAAUGUCCCCCGACGCAAAUGGAACCAGUCGAUCUUUCCGUCAACAAAAGCAGGUCGUCUGCGGAUUCGUCUCCAGCCCCCUCUCCUCCGUCCUCUCCAGACACUGCCAGCUGCAUCGAUUUACGACUUAACAAAACCGCAGAUGGUAUCUCGGACAGUAAUAACAAGACGACAACCACAACCUUCCUGUCGUUGCAGAGGAUAAAGGAAGCAUCGCUAGCCAUGAGUCAACAGUUACAUCAGAGAGCGUCGUCUGCGGUCACUUCGGUCAACGGAUCGCUCCAUAAUGGCAUUAUGGGACACGGAAGAGUUGCGGUCACCCAGUCACCAUCUAUGGUAGUGACAUGUUCGGGUCUAACGAAUGGUAACGCGGGACUGGUCAGCUGUAACUUAUCACCUUCAGACGUAUAUUCGGACAGUCUGAGGAGGCGGAAAGUGCACAAGUGUGAUUUCGAAGGCUGUGACAAGGUCUACACCAAGAGUUCUCACCUAAAAGCUCACAAGAGGACGCACACGGGUGAAAAACCUUACACCUGCACGUGGGAGGGUUGCACCUGGAAAUUCGCCCGGUCAGACGAACUGACCCGUCAUUAUCGGAAGCACACGGGUCAGAAACCGUUCAAGUGCCAGUUGUGUCAGCGUUCGUUUUCCCGUUCCGAUCACCUGUCCCUGCACAUGAAACGACACUAAAAAAAAAAAGGCGGCUGCCAUGUUGAACGUUUGAGUACAUGUACAUUCGACGUCUGGCCAACCACACGGUCAGUAGGCCUAGUAAAGUUUAACAUGAAAAAGAAAACAACAACAAUAAUAAUAAUAACAACAACAAAAACAAAAAAAAAAAUAAGACGAUGCCGUGCAUCCUGGCAGGAAAAGAAAACUCCACGACGGUGACUUCGGCCCACGAUAUGAGGCGUCGGGUCAGAGUUCAAACAUAUAAAAAAAA